CUUCCUCCAAUCUCUCCAUUUCUCUGCUUCUGCUUCUGCUUCUGCUUCUUCUUCUUCUUCUUCUUCCUCCUUUCUCUGCAAUCGCUUUACCAGGUCCUUGUUUUGGCGGACUGAGACUAUACUAUACUUCCUCCCCGGUUUUCUUGCCACUGCUGAUGGCUAUCCAGGAAAAGAAUGAGGGUGCGCUGUCAAACAGCUCAAUUGGAGCUAACAAUUGCCUUUCUAGUGAUGGGACACAACUGGAUCCACUGAUGCGCGUUAGCUCCCUAUGUUCCUAUGGGAAUGAAAGUUCAUUGAAGGUUAGGAAGCCCUACACUAUUUCAAAACAAAGGGAAAAAUGGACAGAGGAAGAGCAUCAGAGGUUCCUUGAAGCUCUGAAACUCUAUGGUCGUGGCUGGCGUCAGAUCAAAGAACAUGUAGGCACCAAAACAGCUGUUCAGAUCCGAAGCCAUGCUCAGAAAUUUUUCUCUAAGGUAGUGCGAGAGCCUAGUGGCAGCAAUGACAGCUCCAUUAACCCAAUUGAGAUUCCUCCACCUCGACCAAAAAGGAAACCACUGCAUCCUUACCCUCGUAAAGCAGUCGAUUCUCUUAAGGCAAUUUCAGUUGCAAGAGAACCUGAGAGGUCUCCAUCUCCAAACCUAUCAAUUGCCGAAAAAGAGACCCAAUCACCCACCUCCGUAUUGACUGCAUUCAGUUCGGAUGAUCAAAUUUCUACGGUUUCGGUGCAGCAUAAUAGAUGUUCAUCACCUAUUUCACAAGCUGUUGACAUACAGUCAACUAGAUUGCCCUCUGUUAGGAAAGGGGAGAUGUUAUUGCUCGAAUCAUCCUCCGAGCGGUUCCCAGAAGACUUUCUUACUCUGAAAUCCAAGCCAGGAUCAGCAUCUAAGAAAUUAGACAACAAGUUGCAUUCUCCUGUUAAAAGCAUAAAGCUUUUUGGAAGAACAGUAAUGGUUACUGAUGACAAAAAACCAUCCUUACAUGAUUUUGAAGUAACUAAAUCGUCGGUACUUGAUGGUGAGAGUAAGAAUGAGUGUGGAGUGUAUGCCGAGAAGCCUGUUCAGAUGCUACCUUCAAAACAUAUGGAUGUAAAUUUAUCUCUUCGGAUGGAUAACAAUGGUGAUUGGAAUAUGUCACCCGGUGGAGCACCUACUAACAACACCGCACUGAAUCAGGACAAUAGUGUCCUUUAUGUUGAGGCGAUUGCUAAUGCUCCUCAAACUUGUUGGUCUUUGUAUCAAAGUGUACCAUAUUUUUACCUUGCUCCACCUGAUCAAACUAACCGAGGUAUGGAAGAAAGGAUGCAAAAUGACAAUUCUGUAGAAAGUUCGUGUGUGGAUUCAUGUUCUGGCUCCUCGAGUAAGGAUAAGAAUGAAAACCAGAGCCCGGAAUUCGAAUGUCAAGACCCUUGUCUGGUAGGAAGAGGUAAUAGAAAUCAAAGUAAGAAGGGGUUUGUGCCUUACAAGAGAUGCUUGGCUCAGAGAGAUGCAAGCUCUUCGUUCAUUGUUUCAGAAGAGAGAGAAGGUCGGAGAGUUCGAGUUUGCUUAUAGCCUCUGCAAAAUUAUAGUGGAACUCGAUCAGCAACAGAUUUAAAGUCGAUAAAAGGAAAUGACCAAGAUGCUUUGACAUGGGUUUCUGAGUUCUUUUUCUCUCUUUAGCUUGAGAUGAAAAAAAUGGAGGCCAAACUUGUAGCAUAUAAAAUCUGAAGUAGCAGGAGGGGCGAAGCCUAUAAGGGGUUGCCCAACAACUUCUAUCCUGUCUAUUCCUGGGUAUUUGAGUGACAAUUAAUCAAUCUGUAAAACAAAACGGUGUUGCUCUAUGACUUCCUAACAUAUUAGCAGAUCUUCU